GGGCCCGGCCGGGGGCGCUUCCUCGCCGCCGCUCUCCGCGCCACUCGCUGCCCACGAGCCACCAUGUCCGACCCCGCGGUCAACGCGCAGCUGGACGGGAUCAUUUCGGACUUCGAAGCCUUGAAAAGAUCUUUUGAGGUCGAGGAGGUCGAGACACCCAACUCCACCCCACCCCGGAGGGUCCAGACUCCGCUGCUCCGGACCACUGUGGCCAGCUCCACCCAGAAAUUCCAGGACCUGGGUGUGAAGAACUCAGAACCCACUGCCCGCCAUGUAGACUCCCUAAGCCAGCGAUCCCCCAAGGCUUCCCUGCGGAGGGUCGAGCUCUCGGGGCCCAAGGCAGCCGAGCCCGUGUCACGGCGCACUGAGCUCUCCAUUGACAUCUCGUCCAAGCAGGUGGAGAGCGCGGGCCCCACCGCGCCGUCCCGGUUUGGGCUCAAGAGGUCCGAGGUGCUGGGCCACAAGACGCCAGAGCCGACCCCUCGGAGGACGGAGAUCACCAUUGUCAAGCCCCAGGAGUCAGCCCACCGGAGGAUGGAGCCCCCCGCCUCCAAGAUCCCCGAGGUGCCUGCCACCCCCACUGCUGACACAGCCCCCAAGAGAGUGGAGAUCCAGGUGCCCAAACCAGCCGAGGCACCCGCCUCCCCCAGCCCACCCCAGAUCCUGGAGAAUUCCGAGCCUGCCCCGAUGUCUCAGCUGCAUAGCAGGCUGGACCACAAGCCACAGCCCCCCGUGGCCGAGGCCCCACCCAGGAGCCAGGAGGCCACGGAGGCAGCUCCUAGCUGCACUGGAGACAUGGCCGACACCCCCAGAGACGCGGGGCUCAAGCAGGCGCCCGCGCCACGAAAUGAGAGGGCCCCCGUGGACUUCGGCUAUGUGGGGAUCGACUCCAUCCUGGAGCAGAUGCGCAGGAAGGCCAUGAAGCAGGGCUUCGAGUUCAACAUCAUGGUGGUCGGGCAGAGCGGCUUGGGGAAAUCCACCUUAAUCAACACCCUCUUCAAAUCCAAAAUCAGCCGGAAGUCUGUACAGCCCACCUCGGAGGAGCGCAUCCCCAAGACCAUCGAGAUCAAGUCUAUCACGCACGACAUCGAGGAGAAAGGCGUCCGGAUGAAGCUGACGGUGAUCGACACGCCAGGAUUCGGGGACCACAUCAACAAUGAGAACUGCUGGCAGCCCAUCAUGAAGUUCAUCAACGACCAGUACGAGAAGUACCUUCAGGAGGAGGUCAACAUCAACCGGAAGAAGCGCAUCCCGGACACCCGCGUCCACUGCUGCCUCUAUUUCAUCCCUGCCACUGGCCACUCACUCAGGCCCCUGGACAUCGAGUUCAUGAAGCGGCUGAGCAAAGUGGUCAACAUUGUCCCGGUCAUCGCCAAGGCCGACACGCUGACCCUGGAGGAAAGGGUCUACUUCAAACAGCGGAUCACCGCAGACCUGCUGUCCAAUGGCAUUGACGUGUACCCCCAGAAGGAGUUUGACGAGGACUCGGAGGACCGGCUGGUGAACGAAAAGUUCCGGGAGAUGAUCCCGUUUGCCGUGGUGGGCAGUGACCAUGAGUACCAAGUCAAUGGCAAGAGAAUCCUCGGGAGGAAGACCAAAUGGGGCACCAUCGAAGUUGAAAACACCACACACUGUGAGUUUGCCUACCUGCGGGACCUCCUCAUCAGGACACACAUGCAGAACAUCAAGGACAUCACCAGCAGCAUCCACUUCGAAGCUUACCGCGUGAAACGCCUCAAUGAAGGCAACAGUGCCAUGUCCAACGGCGUGGAGGAGAAGGAGCCAGAAGCCCAGGAGAUGUAGACACCGCCCCUGUCCCCAGGACCCUGCCCCGCAAGUCUCUUCCGUCCUCCCCAGGCCCGCCCACUUGCCCCGAUUUAUUUUAUAUAAUUUUCUCCAUUUGUUGUCGUUCUCCACCACUUUCACAUGCUGCCAAGUAACAAGAGAAGGUGCAUCCUCCCGAGUGUGCGUUCUCAGCCCGCUGACUGCGGAGGUGGUGGGUGGGGACCCCCGGCCUCUCCCUACUUCUGGGGGAGGCUGCACUGUAGCCAGACGGAGGGCGGCCCAGGACCCGCUGAAUGGGCCCCCGCCCUUCGUCCCCAGGCCUAGCUCCCCCGGGGCCAGGAGAGCAGCUUCUGUGUGUGUGGACCCUCCGUGCAGGUGGAGUUCCCAGCCGGGAGCCUGGGCGUGAGGACCAGACCCCCGCGUGCAGAGGUGCCCCCUGGGGCCCACAACCCUCUCCAUCCCCAUCCCUGCGGCUACAGCCCCUAAACGGGUCAGGGGCUAUGCCCAGGGUAGGAUGGAGCCCCUCCUGCCCCCUACAACUCAGAGAGUGCCCCUCCCUCCCCUGCUCCCAAGGGGAGACUAGAGAAUUCCACGAACCUAAGUUGCCAAUUGCUUAGACACAGCGAAGCCCCUUGGCUGCUGCCCGCCCACCUGCCUGUAAGACAGUCCUGGAGCAGAAAGUGCCUUUAUCUCAGCCGUCCACACAGCCAGCGGACUCCCCCAGCCAUCCCUGUUGUCCCACCCUCACGUCCCCACCUCUCACGGGCUGUGGGUGCUGCUGGGAUUGGAUUGAGGAGAAAAAGGAAGGAGAAAAAGACAUACCCCACCCCACCCCCGAUUUGGGGAAGGUCCAAGCAAGUGAGUCUGGUGGCGAGUUCUGGUGGCGGAGCUUAGGGAGGAGCCACAGGGGGUACUGGGGGGUGGGGGCUGCGGCUUGGGCAGCGCAGAGUGGCCUGAACCGCCCUGUGCCUGCUCUGCCCAUGCGACUGGGGAAGUGGGUGUGCAUGUGUCUGUCUGCCUGUCCAGUCUUUGGUUUGGCCUAAAAUGCCCUGGUUACAUGGAAGCGCAGCGGGCCACCCCCUGUGUUUACCCCCCCUGGCCCGGGCCUUGCUGACUCUGUCACCUGGGGAGGUGGGAGGCCAGAGGAGCCUCUUUGUAUCCUCAUGUGUCUGGGCCUGGGCACCCCCGAGUCCUUCGUAAAGAUCCCCAAAGAAGGAGAGACGGUGGUGGGGAGGGUCCAGGGCACACAGCUGCAGAGCUAUGUUUUACAGCAGCAUGGCCUGGGUCCGUCACCCUCUGUCCCCACCAGGGGACCAGCAGGGACCGUCCAUGCUGGGCACAGCAGACCAAAGUCAUUUCCUUCCUGCCUCCUGCUCCUGACCCAUGUUUGGGGAGUGGGAGAGGUCUGAUGAGGUUCGACCCAGGUCUUCUGUCUGUCUGCAGACAGCAGAAGUGCGGUGGGAGGGCUGGGGUGCAGACAGACGGGUGUGCCUAUGCGUGUGCACAGAAGCCAUGGCCUUGGGCCUCCUGCCCCCUCCCAACCUGAGAGAGGAAGGGCCCCUCCCCAAGCCCUUCAGUGGGACAGUGGACUUGCCGACUUGCCAUGUUUUUGCCAAAACCACAAUUUUGAAAGACAUGUCCAUCUCCAGUGGCAGGGCCCAUGGUGGGGGUGGCCUCCCCAGCCUCGGGGUCACUCGGGGGUUCAGCUGCACCCCAGCCUCGGGGUGGCUUCGCUCUCCCUCUUUGUAAUCAGAUUUUGAAAACCUGUCCGUGUCAUUGAGCUCUGUUCCACGAUGGCCUUCUGCUAUGUGCCUCCUGAGAAAUUCGUCUCUUUUUGUAUAAAUAACAAAGUGUUGAAAAUGUAUUUCCUGAAAUAAAUGUUUCAAAUGCAAACCUGGAA